AACCACAGAGUUUAUGGCGGAAAACCACAAUAGCAUCUCGAAACACAUGGCGAAUACAGGGCUGGCCUACAAAUUUACGUCAUCACUAAACAACUCGUGGCCUGUGAACACAAGCGCGAGUCGGGAGCGCGCGUCAGCUGACAUCCGCAGAGAGAGCACAGCCAGACAUGGAUCAACUCAAAGUCAAAGACAGGAUCCUCGAAAACAUCUCUCUCUCUGUCAAGAAGUUGCAGAGUUACUUUGCCGCCUGUGAGGAUGAGACGCCGGCCAUCAGGAAUCAUGACCGGGUUCUUCAGCGGCUGUGUGAACAUCUGGAUCAUGCUUUGCUUUAUGGGCUGCAGGACAUCUCAUCGGGUUACUGGGUACUCGUAUUACACUUCACACGACGAGAGGCCGUCCGACAGAUUGAUGAGCUUCAGCACAUAGCUACCAAUCUUGGCAGAAGUCGUGCCUGGCUCUACUUGGCACUCAGUGAAAGUUCUUUAGAAAGCUACCUCCGACUUUUUCAGGAGAAUCAAGGACUGCUCCAGAAAUACUAUUACAAAAAUGCACUGGUUUGCAGUCAUGACCAUCUCACUCUGUUUCUUACGCUUGUCUCUGGCCUGGAGUUCAUUCGCUUCGACCUCGAAUUGGAUGUGCCAUAUCUGGAUGUUGCUCCUUACAUGCCAGAAUACUACAAACCCCACAAUCUGUUGGAUUUUGAGGAGAGGUUGCCAAGCUCUGAUAGCUUGUCUCUGCACUCUUUUACAUCCCUCACCUCCACUAACCUUGAGUGGGACGACAGCGCUAUUGCCCCAUCCAGUGAAGAUUAUGAUUUUGGUGACAUCUUCCCUGUGUUGCAGUCAUUGCCAAGUGCAGACUGGGAAGAGGGAGACUUGACAGAUCUAGUCAGUGGGCCCCGCUCCUCAGGAUCAGACCCUCAGACUGUUGUCAGUGACUGUGUUGUAGUGAGGGCCUCUGCAGGCACCAUCAGAACCACAUCUCUGUCACGAAGCCCUACAUUUCGACACAAUCCCUUCAAUGAGGACUCGGACACUAACACUUCAGCUGACGUCACCCCAGUGCACAUGGCUAGCCGGCAUGCUUCCACAACAGGAGAGGAUGCUGAGAUCACCAACACUGAGCUGGAAGUCAUUAGAAUGGCAAGGCGCAGGAGGCCUGGUAAGAAACGACGGGGAAGAGGGUCGACAGACUCUGUGAGCAGCGAACAGAAUGUCAUCUCUCCGGACACGGCUGACACUGAGGAGUGCCUUCAGAUUGUAGUUAAGAGAGACAUUGUAGUCAAUAACAUUAAUAUGGACAGUCUGGGUCCUCUGGAUGGGCCAAAUGGUCCUGGCUCAGAGUCUGCGAGGAAUGGGAGACCAGAAGGAGAGGAAGAAGACCCGGAGGCAGGGCUGAGGCUCCCUGAAAUGACGGACACUUCUAUGGACAGUGUGGGUGAACCUCUGCGUGACGUCAUGGAUAGACUGAAUGGUCCUCUGGAUGCGGAGCACUGGCAGCGGAGUGAAGGUGAGGAGGGAGAGGAUGGAACUUGCACUAGUCACGAGGGACCCCCCCAUCAGCGGCCCUUUCGAGAGGACUCAGGCGGUGAACCUCCAGACCCAAGUCGUAGCUUCCUGCAGGCCCCCCUGCCACCUGCAGACUUCUACUGCUUUACCUCCCAGAGUCCAGACCCUGCUGCCUCGUGUGGUGGGCACAAUGACUCUGUUGGGAAUAGCGAGUCGCAGGAUGUUCCUGUUGGCGAUGAAGAUGAGGGAGAAGCAGAGACAACAGCUACAGGGCAGGAUCCCUCCAUCCCCGUAGGGACGUCAGCUGAGGAGGAGGAUAAAGACCACGCAGUACAGUGCUCCCAUGCUGCAGAGUUUAAGGUGGAUAACAAUCACCUUCUGCUGCUCAUGAUUCACGUUUUUAGGGAGAACGAAGAACAGCUCUUUAAGAUGGUGAGAAUGAGCACAGGACACAUGGAAGGAGAUUUGCAGCCUCUGUAUCUGCUGUUGACGGACUGUUACAUUUACCUCUUGCGAAAAGGGGCAGCGGAGAAGCCUUAUAGUGUUGAGGAGGCGGUAUCUUAUAACGAGCUGGACUACAUCUCUGUUGGACUUCACCAGCAGACUAUCACUCUGGUUUGCACUAACAGAAGACGACAGUUCCUUUUGGACACAGCCGACUCAUCUCUGACUGUCUGGUUUCUGACUGUGCUGAAGGCUGCUUUGGAAAAUGGCUGUAGGGAGCCUCCCUACCCCUCUGUUCUCACUGACGCCACCAUGGAGAAAUUGGCUCUUUCUAAGUUUGUAUGCCAAGAGACUCACUGUGAGUUAUCCGAGUUGAGCAUCCGCCUGUAUUCUCUGGUUCACUGGGAGGACCCGAUGGAUGCAGCGGUGCCUUCACCAACAGCUCUGCCCGGCUCCAGAGAAUCCAGUAGCACUAAAGAGGGGGCACUGUUGUACCGUGCUGGGAGCACUUAUUUGGGGAAGGAAGUGUGGAAAAGCUGUUACUUGGUUCUCAGCAACGGCAUCCUGUAUCAGUAUGCAGAGAGAACAGAUGUUACACCUUUGAUGUCUGUUACCAUGGGGGGAGGGCACUGUGGAGGCUGUAGGCGUUCAAACAGCUCAGAGAAGCCUCAUGCUUUUCAAGUGAUUCUGACAGAACGUCCUCCAUUCGAGCUCAGUGCAGAAAACGAACUGGAAAUGGCCGACUGGAUGCAGCUGCUCUGCCAGUCUGUUUCUAAAGGGAUCAUUCCACAGGGAGUAGCUCCUGCACCCUGUAUUCCGUGUUGCCUUGUACUCACAGACAGGAAGUUGCUCACAUGUCACCAGGAUUGCCAGACCAGUUUUUUCCGUUCUCUAGGAGCAGCUGAUCUAAACGAUGUCACAGCUGUUUGCCUGGAAGAUGAUAAAGAAUACUGUGUCAUUGAAUUUGCAGAAGAUCGUGCUCAGUUUCUUCCAUCCUGGGUUUUGUAUUUUAGCGGAUGUGAGGAGCGGGAUCGGCUGCUAGCAGAAUUGAGUCAAGCUUGGGCUGCUGUUUACCAGGUAAGCUUACCUCGUAAGCCGGUGUCAGACCCGCCGGUGCAGAAGAGAUGUAGGGAAGCGCUGGAGCUGAUGAAGAGUGCAUGGCAGAGGAGCGACAGCCUACACAGAGGUCGAUCAGAGAGAGAACCGUGGUGCUGACGACCUGUCCAUCACUACAGUGAGCCCAGGAUUAAACAAGACAGCAUGGGGGAGUCAGCUCACCAGCGAACCUACGGUGUUCGUAGGUACAAGCAGACUCUGUGAGCUCUCCAACCCAGAGACGAUAUUGAAUAACACGGACUCAUAUUAUUUUUAUCUACCGGUAAUGAGGCCUGACUUUGUUACACUUGCCUUGCACAAAUAUUUAAGGAGUUACAAUUAAGGCUUUGGCUUUUACAAGUGGAGGUCUGCAGCAGGAUAUCAAAAAGACAGAGAUCUAGGAGUUCUCUUGCAUUACAUGCGAUCAGACUAUAUAGAGUGUAAAUACAUAGUAAUAACUCAAAACCUUCCCUCCUUGUAUAAAGUCUGUGGACAGAUACUGUACAUGCUUGUACUAUAUAAAGAGGUACAAACUGC